AUGUGCGAUCUCAAGCGCACCCUCGACCAGGGCGGUCACUGCGUUUUGGAGAUGCCUUCAGGCACGGGCAAAACCGUGUCGCUGCUCUCCCUCAUCGUCGCUUACCAGCAGCACUAUCCUGAAAAACGGAAACUAAUCUACUGCUCGCGUACCAUGUCUGAGAUCGAAAAGGCCUUGGCUGAGCUGAAGGCGCUGAUGAAGUACCGUACUACAGAAUUAGGCUACGAAGAGGAUUUCCGGGGUUUGGGGCUGACAAGUCGAAAAAACUUGUGUUUGCAUCCCUCUGUCAAGCGGGAGAAGAGUGGCACAGUCGUAGACGCAAGGUGUCGUAGUCUGACAGCUGGCUUCGUCAAAGAGAAGAAGGAGCGCGGAGAGCCCGUCGAACUCUGCGUCUACCACGAGAAUUUGGAUCUUUUAGAGCCACACAAUCUUAUUCCACCUGGAGUUUGGACCUUCGAUGGCAUGCUGAAGUAUGGCGAGCAGCAGAAGCAGUGUCCAUACUUUACAGCUCGUCGCAUGAUGCCCCACUGCAACGUCAUCAUCUACUCAUACCAUUACCUGCUAGACCCAAAGAUUGCAGACAGAGUAUCGAAGGAGUUGUCCAAAGACUGCAUUGUCGUCUUUGACGAAGCUCACAACAUCGACAACGUGUGCAUCGAGUCGCUCAGCAUCGAUCUAACAGAAGAUGUGCUACGUAAAGCAACAAAAGGAGUCAACAACCUGGAUCGCAAGAUCACCGAAAUGAAGAGCAGCGAUGCCGAAAAGCUGCAGAACGAAUACGCAAAGCUAGUCGAAGGUCUGAGAGCCGCAGACGAGGCGCGCAACGAGGACGCCUUCAUGGCCAAUCCUGCCCUUCCAGAUGACCUGCUCACAGAAGCUGUGCCUGGCAACAUACGGCGAGCUGAACACUUCGUUGCGUUCCUCAAACGCUUCAUUGAAUACCUCAAAACACGUAUGAAGGUCCUCAACGUCGUCGCAGAUACGCCCCCGGAAUUCCUCAAGCACCUCAGAGACCUAACGUUUAUUGAACGAAAACCGCUGCGGUUCUGCGCCGAGCGCCUAACAUCACUCGUCCGAACUCUCGAACUCACCAACAUCGAAGAUUAUCAGCCACUUCAAGAAGUCGCUACGUUCGCCACACUAGUAGCCACCUAUGAAACCGGAUUUCUAUUGAUCAUCGAGCCUUUUGAAUCAGCGACAGCAACAGUCCCGAACCCUGUAUUACAUCUAACAUGCCUGGACGCAGCUAUUGCUAUAAAGCCCGUCUUUGAACGCUUCUAUUCUGUCAUCGUCACAUCAGGAACCAUGUCACCACUAGAUAUGUACCCACGCAUGCUCAACUUCAACACGGUCGUACAGGAAUCCUUCACCAUGACUCUUACGCGGAAAUCUUUCCUCCCCAUGAUCGUAGACCGUGGCAACGACCAGAACCAAGUCACAUCACAAUUCGAGCACCGCAACGACCUGCAAGUCCAACGAAACUUCGGCAACCUACUGAUUGAAUUCUGCAAACUAACACCCGAUGGCGUCGUAGUCUUCUUUCCAUCAUACCUCUACAUGGAAAGCAUCAUUUCCGCAUGGCAAGGGAUGGAAAUCCUCGAUACAGUCUGGAAAUACAAGCUCAUCCUCGUCGAAACCCCCGACGCACAGGAAACAGCCCUCGCACUAGAAACCUUUCGCACCGCUUGCAACAACGGCCGUGGCGCAGUCCUGCUGUGUGUCGCCCGUGGUAAAGUCAGUGAAGGCAUCGAUUUCGACCACCACUACGGCCGCACUGUCAUAUGCAUGGGCGUACCAUACCAAUACACUGAAUCGCGUAUCUUGAAAGCCCGCCUUGAGUUCCUCCGCGAAACAUACAGGAUCAAAGAGGCCGACUUCCUUUCUUUCGACGCAAUGCGACAUGCCGCCCAGUGCCUCGGUCGCGUCAUCCGUGGAAAAGACGAUUACGGCAUCAUGGUCCUCGCCGAUAAACGUUUCAACAAGAAGCAAACACAACUUCCAAAAUGGAUUCAACAGGGCCUGGAUGCUAAAUCGACCAAACUCUCAAUCGAUCAGGCUGUUGGCGCGGCAAAGAACUUUCUCAAGGAUAUGAGUAUUCCCUGGUCGCGAGCGGAGCAGGAGGGGCAUUCGUCUUGGAGUUUGGAGGAUCUAGAGGCGCAUCAGAGGAAGAAGGUUGCACAGGGUAUUUCGGGUACGGAUAACCCGGCCAUGCGUGCGUUGGAGGGUAGGGCCGAGAUCGAGCAUGUAGAGGUGGAGGAAGUUGAUGAGUUCGGUGGCAGUGCGGCUGUAGAUGCCGUCAUGGCGGAAGUGGAUGCGUAG